AUGGGUAAUUGUGAAUCUGAAUAACCGAUUACAAGUUAAUAGCCUAUAUUAGUAGAGCUUAAUUAGAGUAAUAAUAAAGUGAUAUUAGAUGAUAAGGAUGUGAAUUAAGGAGAAUUUGCAUUUCAAAAAGUUCAAGAACCAUAAGAAGUAAAUGGAGAAAUAGGAAAUGUAAUUGAUAUAAAUAAAUAAUAAAAGGAAUUAGAGAAAUUGGAUCUUCAACCUGCGACAAUAAAUUUACCUCCUUUUAAUUUUAGUGAGAUAAAAUAAGUAAAUGCAGAAAGCAGACCAGAAUUUAAAUUAAUUGAUGGAUCAAAAUAUUUUGGAGAAUGGAUUGGAGAUUAAAUGACAGGAAAUGGUGUUUUGGAAGGAAAAAAUGGAAAAUAUGAAGGAUAAUUUGAAAAUGGGUUAAAAUAAGGAAGGGGUAGAUUUACAUUUCCAAAUGGAGAAGUAUAUGAAGGUGAAUGGAAAGAUAAUUAAUAGGAUGGAAUAGGAACAUAUUAUUAUUCUUAAGGUACUGUUUAUCAUGGUUAAUGGGUUUAAAAUUAAAAACAUGGAUAAGGUAGAGAAGUAUUUCCUAAUGGAUCUAAUUAUUAAGGAGUAUUUGAAAAUGGUGUUAAAAAUGGUCAUGGAGUAUUUAUAUGGAAAGAUGGAACUAAAUAUGAGGGUAGAUUUAUUGAUAAUUAAAUAUGUGGUUAAGGUAAAAUGUAUUAUCCUAAUGGAAAAUUUUAUGAAGGAGAGUUUUUUAAUGGUAAAAUGCAUGGAAUAGGGAAAUUUAGUGUAAAUAUAAUUGAUUAAUCUAAUAAAGUGGCCUGAUGGUAGAAUUUAUGAUGGAGAAUAUUAAUAUGAUAAAAAACAUGGUUUUGGUAUCUUAACUGGAUAAAAUUAUAGAUAUGAAGGAGAAUGGAAAGAAGGUAAAAUGGAAGGAAAUGGAUCAUUAACUAAAAAUGGAGAAAUUAUGGUUGGUAUUUGGAAGGAUAAUAAAUUUAUAGGUGAUAAACAUAUAUGA